GGCGCUGCCGGUCUGUCCAGCUGGCGGUGGCCCUGGACUCUAGCGUGACUCUGCCAGGUCGCCUACCUUCCUCAGGUGACUCGGGCCCCAGGUCAUUGCCGGCGGCCGCCUGCGAAGUUUAGGUGCAGCCCCGUGAGGCGCCCCGGGGUCUCUCCGAGCGGUAGCAGCGGGACCAUGGAGAAGGGCCCGGUUCGGGCGCCGGCGGAGAAGCCGCGGGGAGCCAGGUGCACCAAUGGAUUUCCCGAGCGGGAGCCGUCGCGGCCCGGGCCAAGCCUGCCGGCGGAGAAGUCCCCGCGGCCCGAGGCCAAAAGCCCCCAGCCCGCGGACGGCUGGAAGGGCGAAGGACCCCGCGGCGUGGAGGAUAACGAGCUGAACCUCCCCAACCUGGCGGCCGCCUACUCGUCCAUCCUGCGCUCGCUGGGCGAGGACCCCCAGCGGCAGGGGCUGCUCAAGACGCCGUUGAGGGCGGCCACGGCCAUGCAGUUCUUCACCAAGGGCUACCAAGAGACCAUCUCAGAUGUUCUGAAUGAUGCUAUAUUUGAUGAAGAUCAUGAUGAGAUGGUGAUUGUGAAGGACAUAGAUAUGUUUUCCAUGUGUGAACAUCAUCUAGUUCCAUUUGUUGGAAAGGUCCAUAUCGGUUAUCUUCCUAACAAGCAAGUCCUUGGCCUCAGCAAACUUGCCAGGAUCGUAGAAAUCUAUAGUAGAAGACUGCAAGUUCAAGAACGUCUCACAAAACAAAUUGCAGUGGCAAUCACAGAAGCCUUGCAACCUGCAGGAGUUGGGGUAGUGGUUGAAGCAACACACAUGUGUAUGGUAAUGCGAGGGGUGCAGAAAAUGAACAGCAAAACUGUGACCAGUACAAUGCUGGGUGUGUUCCGGGAAGACCCCAAGACGCGGGAGGAGUUUCUCACUCUCAUUCGGAGCUGAACUUGAGCGAGCGAGGCCCGGCCCAGGUUCUGCCGUCAGUGGCGUUGUCUUCAUUGUACCUCCCCUUUUCAGUUGUUACAGAUGUUAACUUUAUUUCUUGUCACUAAUUGUAUUUAAAAUUAUUUAUAAAGUCAAAUUAAAGAUGAUUCACACA